AAAAAAAAAAGUAUAGAUUCCGCCGCACGUUGUUCAAAUCGAAAAUUCGGAAAGAAAAAAAAGAAAGCGACCCUCAAUAAAUCUUGCCUUUCUUUUUUCUUAACCUGGAAGAGAAACAGGGGAACACUUUCGUAAACAUAAAGGUUGAACCUUUAAAGUAAGAGAGAGAGAGAUUUUGAUGGUGUGGUUGACGAAUCAACAGAUCGGGACAUGGAAAAGGAAACGAAUUUUGAUUGGAUCGUUGUUCAUCUGUUGGUUAAUCUUAAUGUUCAUCACUCCCAAAGUUCCUCUUCAUUCUUUCAGACAUCAUGUCUUCGCUGAUAAACGCAAUUUCAUGGGAGUGCCAAAUACAUUGAAUGUGAUGACCAACUUUCCUUUUCUUAUUAUUGGUGUUCUUGGUUUCGUUCUUUGCCUUGGAGGAAGUUUCUUUAAUAUCAGUUUGAAAGGUGAGAUCUGGGGUUGGACACUGUUCUACGCAAGCGUUUCAAGCUUGGCCUUUGGCUCUGCUUAUUAUCAUCUCAAACCUGAUGACACUAGAAUCGUCUGGGACACUUUACCUAUAUUGAUUGCGUGUUCAUCGCUUUUCUCUAGUUUUUUGGUUGAGAGAGCGGGGGAGAAAGUAGGAUUGAGUUGUCUCUUCUUGCUUCUGUUCAUAUCAUUUCUCAGCGUUGCUUACGCCAGUGUGUUUAAUGAUCUCCGGUUAUGCAUGACGUUCCAGUUGAUUCCAUGCCUGGCGAUUCCCAUCAUGACCGUUUUGUUACCUCCCAAGUAUACUCACUCUAGGUUCUGGCUCUUGGCUUCAGCGGCUCACGCAUUUUCCAAGAUCGAAGGACUUGCAGACAGCAAAAUAUACAAUGCGAAUGGGUAUAUCAUCAGCGGCCAUUCACUGGGUCAUUUGUGUUCAGCAUUGGCUAUGCUUUUACUUACCAUCAUGCUUUUGUAUAGAAGCAUUCGGUUUCAGAGAUUAUGUGAUCACAAAGGCCAUCCUUGACGUCCAUUGAUGACUAGUCUUUACCUCAAAUUUUGUAAUUCAUAAUCAUUCUGUAUUCUUCAACAGCAGAUUUUGUUGGAUUAUUAAGUAAAUGUUGAUGGCUUACUA